ACAAAAAGCCGCUGUUGUUGCGUUCACAACUGUCCUGCUGUCUGUUUCCACGUGUUCCAGCCUUUUCUACAGCCCCUCCCCUUCUGUUCCAAACCUCUCCUCCCAUUGGCCGAGCCUCCUGUCACUCCGCAAGGGGGGCGUUGUUGGACACCACCCUCCUCGUUGCUUGACAGUUCUGUCCCGACGUCACCGGUUCCGUCCCAACACGGAAAUAAAUUAUGUCCAACGGCUGCGUUGCUGUUAUUAUGGAUUUAAAGCGGCACUGCUAAGCGUAGCUUUCGCCGUGUUUAAGGACUACGCGCGCGGCUUGUUUGCGAUGUUAAACGGCCGGUGCGGACUAACUUUGUGACAGAUGGACGCCCGCGCUGGAAAUGGAGAGAGAGUUCGACCUCUGUUGUUAGUUCAAUAGAGCUCCGUUUGUUCAGAGCCAUGAAACAAAGAGUGUUGGGGGUCAUGGGGGCUCUGGGACGCCUGCUGCUGUCUCUCCUCCUGCUGUCCUGGGACGGCAAGCUGUUUCAGGUUGGAGGGGUCAGAUCUGUCACCCUCCCAGAAUCCCUCCUGUUCGUCUCCACAAUGGACGGUAGUCUGCAUGCUGUCUCCAAACAGUCAGGAGACAUCAAGUGGACCCUCAGAGAAGACCCCAUUAUUCAAGUACCUGUCUACCUCACAGAGCCGGGUUUUCUCCCAGACCCCAAUGAUGGCAGUUUGUAUGUCCUGGGCGGCAAACACAAGGAAGGCCUGAUGAAACUGCCCUUCACCAUCCCGGAGCUGGUUCAGUCGGCUCCCUGCAGGAGCUCUGAUGGUAUCCUCUACACAGGUAAAAAGCAGGAUGUGUGGUUUGUGGUGGAUCCUGAGACGGGCGAGAAGCAAACCAGUUUAACCACCUCCUCCUCGGAAUCCAUCUGCCCGAACACUCCUCUGCUCUACAUUGGUCGCACAGAAUACAUGGUCACCAUGUUUGACACCAAGACACAGGAGCUGCGGUGGAACGCUACGUACAAUGAUUACUCUGCUCCACCUUACGACGACAAACAGGACUACAAGAUGGCCCAUCUUGUGUCGAGUGGUGAUGGUCUCGUAGUGACCGUUGACAGAGAGACAGGUGACGUCUUGUGGAGUCAGAACUAUGGGUCGCCCGUCGUAGGGGUCUACCUGUACUCUGGCGACUCACUGAGACACGCCCCUCACCUGUCGCUGGCUAGAGAAACGCUGCGCUUCCUCACCUUCUCCUCUGCCAACAAACAGAAGGACGCACACUCGACAUUGAAGUGGAGCUAUCAGUUUGUGAAAGAGCAAGCCAGCGCACAAGCACAACUCGUACCCACCCUCUAUGUAGGGAAAUUGGACUCCCACCUCUACGCCUCCACUUCCCUUGUCCACCAUGGAGUCUCGUUAGUGCCUCGGGGACUGACCUUGGCCCGAAUCGAGGGUCCAGUGACGACCGGAGUGACGGUCAGUGAGCGAGGGGAGUGUGAGAUCACACCUUUCACUGAUGUGCGCUAUCCAGCAGGAAGCACAAACAGCCGGAAAAACCACUGGCUGCUAAUAGGUCAUCACGAGCUCCCUCCAGUGGCUCACACCACCAUGCUGAGGGAUUUCCCAGUCGGCUUGCAGCGUUCUGGUGAGGCAGUCAUCCCCCCUCGACCUUCUGCCUCGCCUGCCUCCUACUACCACCAGCGCUACUUCCAGGUGGUUACUGGUAGCCACAGCGACACUAAUGCUGACAGAGGAGGGGUUGAUGGGAGGUCGACAGGACAGGCCCAGAGGCCGGCCGCUGUGCUGCCCGUCUAUAUGACUCAGGACCGUCUGACUCUGGCUGUUCUGACGCUGCUGCUGGGAGGAUGGCUGGCCUUCAUGCUCACGUACCCCGUUCGUGCAGCUCAUCAGCUGAAAGCUCAACGGCGGCUGGAGGAGGCUUUUGAGUCUCGUCUCCAGCACAUGCAGACAAACAUCCAGACGGCGACCUCGGUCUCUUCAGACGCAGCCCUUUCUACUGACACAAACCUCUCCAGUGAUACUCCGCCUGCCGACCCUCCACCUAGUCCUCACACUCAAAGCAGCAGCACCUCUGAUGUGGAUAAAAAUGGCACCGCCGGGCAUAAUCCCACAGCAGAAGGAAACAGCGAGGAGGUGCAGGUGGGUAAAAUCUCCUUCACGCCGUCUGAGGUGCUCGGACACGGCACCGCGGGAACGUUUGUCUUCAGGGGUAAUUUCGAUGGACGGCACGUAGCGGUGAAGCGAAUACUGCCGGAGUGUUUCGACAUAGCAGAGCGCGAGGUGCAGCUCCUCCGAGAGUCGGACACUCACCCGAACGUCAUCCGAUACUUCUGCACGGAGAGAGACCGCCUCUUCAAGUACAUCGCCAUCGAGCUGUGCGCUGCCACCCUGCAACAGUACGUGGAGGAUCCGUCUUGCUUUCCUGAGCUGAAUCCUAUAACUCUGCUGGGACAGACCAUGUGUGGCCUCUCACACCUCCACUCACUCAACAUAGUCCAUCGUGACCUGAAGCCUCGAAACAUCCUCCUCUCUGGUCCCAGUGCGCUGGGUCGGGUCCGAGCUCUCAUCUCUGACUUUGGACUCUGUAAGAAGAUCCCAGCCGGUCGGAGCAGCUUCUCUUUGCGGUCAGGAAUACCAGGAACCGAAGGGUGGAUAGCUCCCGAAGUACUGCGGGAUACUCCCGGCAACAAACCGACGGCAGCUGUGGACGUCUUCUCGGCAGGCUGUGUGUUCUACUUCGUGGUCAGCAGGGGGCAGCACCCCUUUGGCGAUUCAUUUAGACGGCAGGUCAACAUCCUGUCAGGAGAAUAUUCACUCUCGCAUUUUAUGGAGGAUAUACACGAUGACGUCAUAGCGCAGGAUCUGAUCGAGCAGAUGAUCAGUGCCGAGGCCGAGUCGCGGCCCUCCACCGCCUGUGUGCUCAAACAUCCGUUCUUCUGGAGCCCCGAGAAGCAGCUGCUCUUUUUCCAGGACGUGAGUGACCGAAUAGAGAAGGAACCAGCAGACAGUCCGAUCGUGGUCAAAAUGGAGACUGCAGGGAGAGUAGUGGUUCGAACCAACUGGAGGAUGCACAUCUCUGUGCCGCUGCAGACAGACUUGAGGCGGUUCAGGACAUACAAAGGGAACUCGGUCAGAGAUCUGCUGAGAGCCAUGAGGAAUAAGAAGCAUCACUACCACGAGUUGCCACCGGAGGUGCAGGAGGCUCUCGGCGAGCUGCCCGAAGGCUUCGUCAGCUACUUCACCUCACGCUUUCCACGGUUACUGAUGCACACACACGCUGCUCUGCACAUCUGCUCCCACGAGAGACUGUUUCACCCCUACUAUCUACCCCCCCACUCCAAAUAGCAAUAACACGACCCUGCACAUUAUACUCUGUAUACACACUGAUGUACAGAAAGUGCCCUUUAUUGCUUUUGUAAAGCCCGCACUGUUUUUUGGUACAGUGCUGUGAGAAAGUUUUUAUAUGGCUUGAGCUGUUUUAUAGAUUUAUUUUUAUUUUUCUGCAGCUGUUGAUCAGGAAACGGUUUUAAGAUUAAAUUAGAAAGUACACUCCACUAAAGCUACAUACUUUAUUAUAAUAAACAAUGUUUUUGAACUACAUCUUAACUUGUAACUCCAUCAGAAUUUUUGUAUUCAAUUAAAUGCAAUAGUUCAUCAAUGUGUUUCCUCUAAACAACUACUGUAGAAAAUCAAUGCUUAGUUUCAGGUGAUUUUACACAAAUUAUAACAGUUAUGACUAUUAUAUUCCAUUUCUAUAGAAAGACAAAACAAAAGGACAGAGAGGGGUAUGACAUGCAACAAUUUCAUUUUCAAAAGUUUGUCUAAAAUUUAGAUAAUGUUAUUUAAUAUGACAUUAAACUAAUAGGAAAAUGUAAUUUAUUUUCUGAUGACAUUCUGGGCAUAUCGUGGAAGGUGAUGUUCACCUAUUAAUAGCUCUGGGGUCCAGAUUAAACGGCACCACAAACCAUAUGCGAGGUGCACAAACUUUGUCACAGCACUGUAGGUAACACAGACACUGGACUACAGGUUUUUAUAAGAGAUAAAGCUUGUGUUGCUGUUCCAAGGCUUCAUGUCAUAGAAGAAAUCUCUGCUAUCCUUUUUAAACAGUCACGUUGCUGCUGUGCUUCUCUCAGCUCCUCUGUAGGCCGUGCCAAAGACUCCACAAUAUUUGCUUUGCUGUUUGUUUUUAUGUAUUUGAUGUGUGUCCGAAUGUAUCUACACUGACUGAAGAAUGUACUGCGCCAUCGUUUCUCACUGAAAGCAGUACAUGAAGCGCAAUAGUCAAAUAUUGGCUCUGUUAAAACGUGGGCGGGUUCUGGGUAAAUCAGAUUGAUGCAGGCGAUAAUGCAACAAUGGCAACUACUUAAUUUGCCAAUUUCAUUUCAAUGUAUAGAUCUUUUCAACAGAAAUGCAAUGUAUUUCACCACUCCUGAAUGUUGGCAUUGCUUGAUCUUUUGAGCCUCUUUUCAAAUGACACUAAAUGCUCUCAGAGAUAUGUGAAGUGUCUCCCUGUAACUACUGGAUGAAGGUUUUUUUCAUUGGUCUGCAGUAGAAUGAAUGAUGACGAAUCCAAACUUUUGUACUUUUUUGUGAAUGAGUGAAUUGAACUGAUGCUUUGGGUGUGCCAGAGAAUUAAUAAAUCAAGUGUUGU